AUGGCUGCCAAGAGCCCCAGCGAGAGGCUUCAGGAGGAGGCGACCUGCUCCGUGUGCCUGGGCUUUUUCACGGCGCCGGUGACCCUGGGCUGCGGGCAUCACUUCUGCCAAGCCUGCAUCGCCCAGCGCUGGGGGGCAUCGCCGGCGGCCGCGGUCUGUCCCCAGUGCCGGGAGAGGGUCGAGCUGCGCUGGGAGCCCAACCUGCAGCUGGGCCGCUUCGCGGAGAUCGCCAGGCUGCUCGGCGAGCAGGAGGGGAAAGCGGGGCCGGGAGAGGGGGGCGUCUGCGGGAAGCACCGGGAGCCCCUGAAGCUCUUCUGCAAGGACGACGGAGCCCCCAUCUGCGUGGUCUGCGACCGGUCCAAGGAGCACCGCGACCAUGCGGUGGUUCCCCUGGAGGAGGCGGCCCAAGAGUACAAGGAAGAUUUUUGUAGCUGCCUUGACAUUCUGAGGAAAGAAAGAGAAAAAAUCCUGGCAUGUACAAGAGAUGCAGAACAAGAAAGCCAAGACCUGCUUAAAAUAACCAAAUCAGAGAGGGAAAAAACCCUGGCUGAGUUCAGGAAGAAGCACCAGUUUUUGGAGGAACAGGAGCAACUUCUGCUGGCCCAGAUGGAGGAGGUGGAGAAGGAGAUUGCAAGAGAAAGGGACGAGCAGCUGGCCAAACUGUCUGUGGAACUCUCCUCUCUUGAAAAUAUCAUCCAAGAGAUGGAGGAGAUGCUUCAGAAGCCUGAAAGAGACUUCCUGAAGGAUGUUAGAAGUACCUUGCAGAGAUGUGAGGAGAAGGAGAAAUUUGAGAAUCCAGUGGCUUUCCCCCCUGAGCUGAAGUGGAGGAUCUGGGACUUCUGUGACCUCAACUUCUUUUUAGAAGGUGUCAUGAAGCAAUUCAAAGACGCUCUGGAAUCUGGAGUUCAGCAACAAGAAGCAAAUGUGACUCUGGAUCCAGACACAGCCCAUCCACACCUUGCCCUGUCUGAGGAUCGGAAAAGCGUAUGCCGGGGUGACAAAUAUCAAGAUAUGCCUGACAAUCCGGAGAGAUUUGACAAGCAUUGGGUGGUGCUAGGUUGUGAGAGAUUCUCCAUGGGCAGGCAUUGCUGGGAAGUGACUGUAGGGAUUGAGGAAGGCUGGGCCAUGGGGGUUGCUAGGACAUCUGUGAAGAGAAAAGGCAAGUUCACCGCUAGUCCUGAGGUAGGGAUCUGGGCCAUUAGGACGUGGAAAGGGGCGUACAAGGCAUCCAUCCCUUCUCUUUCCUCUCCUCUAUCUUUCAGUGGGGUGCUCAGGAGGAUCCGAGUCUCUCUGAACUGUGCUGGGGGGCGGGUGGCUUUCUUCGAUGCCAACACAGCAACCCCUCUCUUUGUAUUCUCAGAAAUCUCCUUUUCUGGAGAGACCCUCCAGCCCCUUUUUUGGGUGUAUGAUAAAGGCUGCCUCAGUUUUUCUCCUUAA